AUGACGGCAACAUCUCACCCAAAGUUUAACGCAAAUACCGAGGCCUUGGAUGUUGCUCAGGCAUUCUCUAGGGCCAUUCGGGGUAAGACGGCCAUCGUCACUGGCGUGAAUCUCGAAGGGAUCGGUCAUACAACCGCACAGGGUCUUGCAUCUCAAUCUCCCGCCCAUCUCAUCAUCACGGGGCGCAACCUCUCAAAGCUGCAGCAGAGUAUCGAUGCGCUGAAAGCCGAAUUCCCCCAUGUCGACUACCGCAUCCUCCAAAUGGACCUCUCCAGCCAAGCCGCCGUCCGGGCCGCAGCCGCCGAGGUCCUCUCAUGGACGGACGUCCCAACAAUCGACAUCGUCAUCAACAGCGCCGGCGUAGCCCUCCUCCCAGAACGCACACUAAGCGAGGACGGCAUCGAACUGACCUUCGCGACCAACCACAUCGGGCACUUCCUCUUCACCUGCCUGAUCAUGCCCAAGCUCCUCCGCGCAGCCCAAACCAACCCCAUCAAGGGCGCCACCCGCAUCAUCAACGUCAGCUCGGGCUCCCCGCACAGCGCGGGCAUCCGAUGGAGCGACAUCAACUUCGACAAGCCGAGCACGGCCCUGCCCCUGGAGGAGCAGCCCAACUACGCCGUCCACGCGGCAUGGAACAUCCCCGACGCGGCGACCCGCUCCUACAUUGGCCUGGAGGCGUACAACCAGAGUAAGGUGGCCAACGUGCUGUUCGGCAUCGCGCUGACGCGGCGCCUGUACGAGAGGCACGGCAUCCUGAGCCUGGCCGUGCAUCCGGGGGUGAUCAAGACGGAGCUGGUGCGGACGGCGGACCCGGAAAUCAUGCGGGCCAUCGCGGCGAUGGCGGAUGGGGGCACGUUUCGGUAUAAGACGCUUGGCGCGGGGUCCGCGACGAGUUUGGUGGCGGCGCUGGAUCCGGGGUUGGGACCGGGGGAGUGGAGGGAUGGGAUGGAGAAUUGGGGCGCGUUUUUGGGGGAUUGUCAGAUUGUGCAUCCGCGUCAUCCGCGUGCUGCGACGAGUGCCGAGGCAGAGAAGUUGUGGGAGUUGUCGGAGAAGUUGGUCAAGGAGAAGUUUGCAUGGUAG